GUGAAGGGCGCUGGGCAGGGCGGACCGAGCCGGUGGAUGUUCGUUCGUUGGAAGGGAUUGGAGCUGUUAUUAAAUUCAUAUCAUUCAUCUUCUCACUGUCGAUUGGGCUGGUUGUACUUUGUCAACCACUGACGAAUCGAUCAAUAAUUACCACACGUCUUAACGUAAUCGAGGAUUUAAGUGUUGGUUUUUAAAGUGCAGUACGUAUGGCAUAGUGGAUGGUGGCAUAAUGAGUGGGGAGCCUGAUGCGCUAUCAGUUGUAAACCAGCUGCAAGAUUUAGCAUCUGACCCCUUGAACAGGCGAGCGAUUGUGCAGGAUCAGGGAUGUCUGCCUGGGUUGAUCCUAUUCUUGGAUCACUCAAAUCCACAAGUUGUUUAUUCUGCACUUUUGGCUCUGCGUUACCUGGCUGAAUGUCGAUCCAACAGAGAGAAAAUGAGAAGUGAAUUAGGCAUGAUGUUGAGUUUACAAAAUGUGAUCCAAAAGACGACAACGCCUGGUGAAACUAAGAAUUUAGCAAAUGAAGUCUAUGAAAUAUUGCAGUCUUCAAGCUAUGAGGAAUCUGAUUACACAAAUGAUUAUAAUUCUCACAGGCGCAAGCCUCAGUUUUUUCUGGGAAGUACAAACAAACGUGCAAAAACAGUAACCUUACAAAUAGAUGGAUUGGAUGAUUCGUCAAGAAGAAACAUCUGUGAAGAAGCAUUGUUGAAAAUCAAAGGUGUUAUUAGUUUCACUUUCCAGAUGACUGUGAAAAGAUGUAUUGUACGAAUCCGAUCUGAUCUGAAAGCAGAGGCAUUGGCAUCUGCUAUUGCAGCAACCAAAAUUUUGAAAGCACAACAAGUGAUCAAAGAUGAGACUGGGGAGGAGAUGCUGGUUCCAUUCCAUGGUACCCCUGUUGAAGUGGAGGAAAACACAGAUUUACCUGACUACUUACCUGAGGAUGAGAGUCCAGCAAAGGAUAGUGAUAAUGCUGUUUCCCGUGUGGGGAGUAAACAAGAAGUUGGUAGUGGUUGGUUCAGUACAGCAGCAAACUUUUUAUCGCGUUCAUUUUACUGGUGACAGGAGGGAUCUGCAUCAGAGUUGGGUACUUGUAGGAUUGUGGAAACAGUUUCCCUUUGUUGUGAUGAAUUGCCAAGUGCAAUUUAUACUAAUGCAGACACUGCAGUCUAUAGAGGCUUUAUGUAUAUUUCAUCUUCACUUAAACAAGAAAUUAAGUUAUCAGCAGUAGAGAAGAUCCCUUCUGCCUUUAUCAGUGAAUUGCCUCACAAUCAUGUUUUUAUUUCUUUUACUGGGGCACAUCUGUACCAAAUAACAUCAAAACUGAAGCUUGAGUGCCCAGAAUUUGGACAGUUUCUUCUGCAGAAUCCUACGUUGGGUCUCAUAUUCAAUUCUUAAUUUUUGAAUACUGUACAGAAGACCUCUUUAUGUUAAUGUGCCGUGCAUGGAUUUCUUUUGAAUGUUACACAUUUCACUGGCAUUUAUAAAUAUUUACUGUUCAUUCAAGAUCUAAAACAUUACAUAUGCCUUAUUUUUGGUUUGGUUUUGAAAGCCUUUAUAAUUGUAGGCCUUUUCUACUUGAAUAACGAAAUACAGCAUGUUCAUUGGUGCAUUUUGUCCUUGUAACUUAAUAAUUUUCAACCAUUUCUGUGUAAAGUAGCACACUGCUCAAUGUAACUGACUUCUUGCCUUUUAAUCCAGUUUUUCAACCCAAAGUAAUAUGUUAAAGCUCGUUAACUGCACUUUGUUGCAUUGUAAGAUGAAAAUGGAUUCAAUUUUACUUUGCCAGAUAUAUAAAAAAAAAACUAUAAUUUGAUAUUUGAACGUUUUGAAGUGAAAGGUUUGUAUAGUGUUUAGUUGAAGUCUGUUACAACUUUAUUCAUGUAAUUAACAUUUAGUUUGGUAGAAUCUUAACCCAUAAAUGGAUAUCAAUUGUUUAAUUUCCAUUAAACAUUGGACUACA